CCCCCCCGACCCCAACCAUGAAUGCCGCCCGCCUGAUGCUGCGGGGCGCCGGGUCCCUGAGCAGCAGCGUCCCGCGGGAGGUGGAGCACUUCUCCCGCUACAGCCCCUCGCCCCUGUCCAUCAAGCAGCUGCUGGACUUCGGUACCGAAAAUGCCUGCGAGAGGACUUCCUUUGCCUUUCUGCGGCAAGAACUGCCGGUGAGGCUGGCAAAUAUCCUGAAGGAAAUUGAUAUUCUUCCCGAUCGGCUGGUGAACACCUCUUCGGUGCAGUUGGUGAAGAGCUGGUACAUUCAAAGCCUGAUGGACUUGGUGGAGUUCCAUGAGAAAAACCCAGAUGACCAAAAGGCUCUAUCUGACUUUAUAGAUGCCCUCAUCACCGUCCGAAAUCGAAAUCACAAUGUGGUCCCCACGAUGGCGCAAGGGAUAAUCGAAUACAAAGACGCCUGCCCCGUGGAUCUGGUGACCAAUCAGAACCUCCAGUAUUUCCUGGACCGGUUCUACAUGAACCGCAUUUCCACCCGGAUGCUCAUGAACCAACACAUCCUUAUAUUUAGUGACACGAAAACUGGAAACCCAAGCCACAUCGGGAGCAUUGAUCCAAACUGUGACGUGGUGUCAGUGGUACAAGAUGCCUUUGAGAGUUCCCGCCUGCUCUGCGACCAGUAUUAUUUAACUUCUCCGGAACUGAAGCUCACCCAAGUGAACGGGAAAGUCCCCGGCCAGCCCAUCCACAUAGUGUACGUUCCUUCUCACUUGCACCAUAUGCUGUUCGAGCUAUUUAAGAACGCCAUGAGGGCCACUGUGGAGCACCAAGAAAAUUGCCCUUCCCUGUCUCCCAUCGAGGUGACCGUGGUCCUGGGGAAAGAAGACCUAACCAUCAAGAUUUCGGACCGAGGGGGAGGCGUCCCCUUGAGGAUAACUGACCGCCUGUUUAGCUACACGUACACGACGGCGCCGACCCCGGUGAUGGACAACUCUCGCAACGCUCCUCUGGCUGGCUUUGGUUACGGUCUGCCCAUUUCACGCCUCUAUGCCAAGUACUUCCAAGGAGACCUGAAUCUCUACUCCCUGUCGGGUUACGGGACAGACGCCAUAAUCUACUUAAAGGCCCUGUCCACGGAGUCGGUAGAGAAGCUCCCGGUGUUCAACAAGUCGGCCUUCAAGCAUUACCAGAUGAGCCCGGAAGCCGGCGACUGGUGUGUGCCCAGCAAAGAGCCGAAGGACCUGUCGAAGGAGAAGGUGGCCAUGUGAGAGGACUCGCCUGGGGGGCAAGAGGGAGGACCAGUGGUUCCUCCCCAUCCUCCCCAACCUCCCCACCCUCCGCCCCCUUCCUCCACCCACGCAUCCAACCACGGACUGUGACUCUCGGGUGGUUUUCGGGUCCUCUCCAAGCCUUCCCAGCCACUGGCCGCGUUGGAACUCGAAAGAGAUACCCUCUCUCCCCCCUCCCCGGCUGGACUGCCCCCAAUUCCCAGCCCGAAAUGGACGGAGGCCGAGGAGGAGGCUUGCCGGGCCAGCACGGGGAGGAACGGAGCCUCGUCGUCCCCGUAGUUGACAGGCAGAAGACGUCGGUCUGGAAGCCGCUCUCUUACUUAAUCGCAAAUGGCAGCCAUCUGGAUCCCCUCCGCUCCCAUCCAGAACUCCUGGUGACGAGGGGCAAAGCAGAGAUCCAGGGAGGGAAUGAAAACCAUUUUUUGUAAGUAGUAUUUAAGCACUUACUAUGUGUCAUACACUAAUCUAAGCGCUGGAGAAGGUUCAGGUUAAUUAGGUCGGACA